CAAAGUCAGUAUCAGAGUGCGAGUGCCCCUGAGAGCCUGUGCCUAGUUUCAAUUUAGUCAAACUAAAUUAGUCUUAACUAAUUUAAAAAUUUCGUCAAACUAAAUUUGCCAGAACUAAUUUGUAAUUUGACUGAUUUAAGUGCCUGUGAUUGUGUUGUUACUGUGGCGUGUUUCGUAUUACAGUCAAAGGGGCAGCGAAAGUCAAAAUGGCGCCAUCUAUAGGCGUGGCGGAGUACUACGCCAAUAAAACUAUAUUUAUAACAGGCGCCACUGGGUUUAUGGGAAAGGUUCUUAUAGAGAAGAUGCUAAGAUGCUGCCCAGAUGUGAAGAAAAUAUACUUGCUAAUGCGGCCCAAACGCGGACAAAGCACGAAGGAACGGCUGCACGAUUUUAUUAAUUGUAAGGUCUACGAGAGUUUACGAGCGACAUCUCCAGAUUGUUUCUCGAAACUCCACGUGAUACCGGGUGAUAUCUUGCAAGAGGACAUUGGCAUUUCUGAAGAACAUCGUCAGACAAUACAAGAGGAAGUGCAAUGCGUUUUUCAUUGUGCUGCGUGUGUCAGAUUUGAUAUGUUCAUUCGUGAUGCUGUUAAUAUGAACACACUGGGUACUAUGAAAGUGUUGAAACUGGUGGAGGGUAUUAAAAAUCUAGAGGUGUUCGAGCAUGUAUCGACGUCAUACUGCCGAUGUGAAGUCCACACUCUCGAAGAGCGCUUGUACCCAGCGAAGCACGCGCCAAAGGAUGUGGUGCAUACUGUGAAAUGGAUGGAUGAUGACUUACUUACAUACCUACAGCCUAAAUUGAUCGAGCCGCAGCCAAACACAUACGCGUAUACCAAAAACCUCACAGAGGACCUCGUUAGUCAAUAUGAGGGCAAAUUUCCAAUCGUCAUCGCAAGACCUUCGAUUGUAAUGGCUGCCUUAAAGGAACCUAUACCAGGAUGGGUAGACAACAUGAAUGGUCCAACUGGGUUGCUUGUUGGAGCUGGCAAAGGUGUGAUCCGUACUAUGCAUUGUAACGAUAGCUACCAAGCUGACGUGAUGCCUGUGGACAUGGCUGUCAAUGCUUGUCUGGUCCUUGCUUACCUCACCGCAUUAGAUAGACCAAAGGAGGUGCGAGUUUGUAAUGUAACACAGUCUGGAGUCAAUCCCAUUACUUGGGGACAAGCCCUGGAUUUGGGUCGUAUUCACGUCCACGAAUUUCCAUUCUCUCUAUGCUUAUGGUACCCUGGAGGAUCAGCGAAAAGUUCCCGCGCCCAUCACACGGCUGCUCUUCUGCUCACACAUAUGUUGCCCGCUUAUCUCGUGGACCUACUCAUGUUCCUUAUGGGGCAGAAAACUUUCAUGGUAAAGAUCCAGAAACGCGUGAACUACGGUCUUGAAGUACUUCAGUAUUACACUACCAAGGAAUGGUUCUUUGACAAUGAAUUAUACCGUUCCCUACCGAACCUCAUCUCGGAGAACGAUAGAAAAAUCUUCUAUACAGAUCUUAGGAUAGUUGAAUGGAGUUCCUACAUCCGUAACUACAUUAAAGGUGCCCGCGAGUUUUGCUGCAAAGAAGAUCCCAGCACGCUACCAGCCGCGCGUCGCCGACACACACAAUUGUUUUACUUGGACCUUCUAGUGCAGACUAUUGUCUACGGGUUACUAGCUUACUUCUUCUACUAUUACGUCAUACGGACUUUCUGCUAGUCAACUUCAUCAUCUGACAUCGAUCACCAAGCAUUUGACUAUCAAAUAUAAUGCCAUAGACUAAAGAUAAUUUAGGAGUUGCCAUUCAACAAAUAUUUUACCUAUUAAGGGUCACAAUGACUUACAAUAUCGAUAAAAAAUGUGAUCGAAGCUAGAACAAAGAUGAAAGCGAAUCCUUUUACGAUUACCGUACAAAAAUAAAAUUUAUGUACAUACGAGUAUAACUUUAUUCAAAUUUAGUUUGUUGCAUAUAAAACUCAGACACUGGUUCAAUACCAGAACAUAAAUUUUAGUGGUAUCAUAUAUUUAUAUCAUAUCUAUAGGCUAUAAAAUAGUAAAUUACAAAAACUUAAUAACUUGUAUCUCGUUUAACAACCUCAAUAUACAAAAAUGGUGUCACAGGUAUUACACAUUCUAUUCAAACUGCAUAAAACGUUACAUUUGUAAAUGUCAUAAAAUGCAUUUAUGUAUUAAACUGGGCGUAAUCAUACUUUAAAUAAUUUUAAUGUUACCUAUUGAUAUUAUUGUACUAUCGUUUUAUUAUUAUUAGUAUCUAGUUUUAUUGUUAUUGGACAGGUUAAUUGUAGAUGUAGAAAUAAAUGGUUAAAAUUGUGAUAGAUGAUUACCAUUUCCAUAUCACUUCACAUUUAUCAUAGCAACAUCAAUUAGCUGUUUAAGAGUUUUAAAAUAUAUUUUGUAAAACGCUAUGUACUUAGUAGUAGCACAAGUAUAAUAUUUUCAUUUACCUCAUUUGUAAGUUACCAUGUAAUAAUAAAAUAAAUCUAGUUAACCUAGUUC